ACUCCUUAAUUAUAUAUAUCCUAAACCAUAAUUGACAUUAAAUUUCAAAAUAAAUUGAGAAUGUUACAGUGCACCAAAUAAAUUAUGCCUAAAUACUAAACCGUUUAUUUUUGAAUCUGAAACACCAUUCUAUAUAUUUUAAUUCUUCAUAAAGGGACAUUAUAAGUCACUGGACGAAAAUUCUGAAAUGCGAAGAAGGUCAAAAAAUUAUUGUUCAUGGACCUGUAUGUGGUUAUGUGAGAUUGAAAAAAGAUACCAAUUAUAUUUUGAGUCAAGUAUUAUUGCUUAGUUUGUAGUAUUAAAUAACUAUUUUAGUAAAGUUCAAAUGGUUAGUUAAUUUAUCACAACAUUAUUAUUUUUCCAUAUCAUUUUUAAUUUAUAACAAUCAAUAAAAUUAAAGUAAAUUCAUCCCGUGCAUCACACGGAGAUAGUCAAUGCUAGUUUGCUAUAUAAGUAAACAUUAAUUUGAUAUAACGAAGCUGCAGGUUGGCGAGUGCACCAAAAAUGUCAACUUCGCGAGGUGACUUGGAACAAAAGUUCUCGAUCGACUUGGAUCCUCUCGUGGGGCUGCUCCGUCCUUCACCCUACUCAUCAUCUGGAGAACAAUUAGGUGACGGCAUCGAACAAUCCUUACCAACGCCACAUGAUGAGGAAUCAGAUGAGGAAAAAGGAUGGAAGAGGGAUUUGAAGCAUGCUGUAAGUGGUAACAAGUGGAGUGAAGCGAAGGAAAUUAUAGAUCAAAACCCUAAUGCCUUGACUGCUGGAAUUACUAAAUCAAAGAGCACAGCGCUUCAUGUGGCUGCCCAGCUUGGCCAUGUGACCAUAGUGGAGGAGUUGCUCAAAUUACUGCCUCCAGAAUGCAUUGCAGCUCGUGAUUCUAACGGUCGUACAGCCCUUGCCUUGGCUAGUUGGUUCAGCGGAAUCACUCAAAUUGCAAAAUGCCUCGUAGACAAGAAUAGUGACAUACUUGGUAUUCCAAGCGGUGGUAAUCAUCUUCCUGUCACAGUUGCCUUUAGAAAUGGUCACCACGAAAUGGGACGUUAUCUUUAUUCUGUCACUCCCUUGGAAUACCUCAAAGGCCGCUGGGGUUCUCAGCUUCUUAGUUUUUGUUUCCGUGAACAAUGUUUCGGAGGUGGAGAGUUUAACGCCCCCAAGCCUUUGGGGACAUCGAAACAAUCAUGGUAUGACACCUAGAGAAUUAUUCAGAGAAAAUCACAAAGAAUUAAUGAAGCAAGGAGAGAAAUGGAUAAAGGCCACAGCAUCUUCAUGCUCAGUGGUUGGUACCCUGAUUGUGACCAUUAUGUUUGCAGCAGCUUUUACUGUUCCAGGAGGAAAUGACCAAAAUAUUGGAUAUCCAUUAUUAAUCAAACAACCAUUUUUCCGGGUUUUCAUAUUCUCAACCAUAUUAUCACUUCUCUCUUCUUCGACUUCAGUUCUAUUGUUUCUAGCAAUCCUGACCUCUCAAUACUCAGAAGAACAGUUCCUGAAAUCCUUACCUACAAAGUUGAUUUUGGGCCUCUCUUUUCUUUUCAUCUCCAUUGCAACCAUGAUGAUAGCCUUUCUUUCCACCAUUCAUCUCAUGUUGAAGCAUACAUACUCAUGGGGCGUCCUUCCCAUUAUUAUACUUGCAAGUGUUCCGAUCUUCCUCUUUGUGCUGUCACAAUUCCCUCUUCUUCUUCACACUUAUAUUUCUACCUAUGGGAAUAUCUUUGACAGGAAAGUGGAGCCGUGGCCAUGAGAUGGAUUUGUAAUUGAUAUACCACUUUGUUUUUGUAUUACUGGAACAAUUACUCUUUGAUGUUUCUUACAUUGACAUUAUCUUUAAUUAACUGGAAAACGAAGCUGUGGCUUUGCAAUUUUUUUUUAAAUUUGGAUGAUUAUUACGUCAAACAAUCCUGAAGUUUCAUU